GCCAAUCAGAUGAUCGCAAAGAAUUUCUGCAGCAUGCAGCUCGGGAACAUGGCGGAUUUCGGUUCUCCGGGAACUCCGAGCCGACAUGAAAAAUCGCUCGGUUUAUUGACAACGAAAUUCGUCAGCCUACUCCAAGAGGCGAAAGAUGGAGUAUUAGAUCUUAAAGUUGCGGCCGAUACCUUGGCAGUACGACAGAAGAGAAGAAUCUACGAUAUAACAAAUGUUUUAGAAGGGAUCGGACUUAUUGAGAAGAAAUCUAAGAACAGUAUUCAGUGGAAGGGUGCCGGCCCAGGGUGUAACACUAGAGAAAUCUCAGAUAAACUUGUUGUUUUGAAAAAAGAGCUAGAAGCUUUAGAUGAAGAAGAGCGAAAACUUGAUGAACAGAGAGCCUGGGUACAACAGAGUCUAAAAAACAUUUCUGAAGAUCCAGAGAAUGAGAAACUGGCUUUUGUGACAUAUGAUGAUGUAUGUAAAUCAUUUAAGGGGGACACCUUACUUGCGAUUCAAGCUCCCUCGGGAACACAACUGGAGGUUCCAAUUCCUGAACAGGUUCCUGGUAUGCCUAAAAAGUACCAGAUACACCUGAAGAGCCAAAAUGGCCCUAUCCAUGUGCUGCUUGUGAACAAGGAUGCAGCAGGAGAUAGUCCUGUAGUCACACCUGUACCACCCCUGGCAGAGGAGAAUGGAAAUAAUGAUACAAAUCCUGAGGAGCCAAUGGAAGCAGAAACAAAUGGGGCUGCAAGCAGUUGUAGCAGUUUGGAGAAUGCCCCGGCGAAAGUUAAGACAGAGGUUCUUGAUACAAGUCAAGCAAAAGAGCUCAAAGAUGUUGCUAAUGACAUCAUCUUUGGAAAUGGAAAAGACCCUGGCAAGAUAGCAGAUGAGGUUAUUGAUGAACUUAUGUCUGCUGAAGUGUAUGCUCCUCUACUACGUUUAUCCCCGCCACCCGCUGACCAUGACUACUACUUUAAUCUGGAUGACAAUGAGGGGGUCUGUGACCUUUUUGACAUCCCAAACCUCGACAUGAACAUGUCAUUACAGGGUACCAUGGCCACAUAGGCAUACUGCUGCAUGAAGGCUAGUGUACUUUGAUUUAGAUGCUAUGUAUAUAUAACAAGACAGGUAGGAGAAAAAUUCAGGAUUUUUAAGUGAGUGUAAACAGCCAGAUACACAUCUAAAGUUGAAAACAACUUUCUUCUUAAAGUAGGUAUGAUAAAAAAUGCUGAUCCUAUUCAAAGUUUGAUUUUUUUUUCUUUCAUAUCAUAUUUUUUCAUAUCAUAGAUUAUGGUAUCAUAAUUAUGAAAGUGAGUUAAAUUGUCUAUUUGCACCACUGGCUACUACUAUGAUAUUCUGUAAAUACAAUAGGCCAUUCAGCUCCUGAUAAAUCAUGCUCAAAGCCUAAAAUGCCAAUUGAAAAUGUACAAUCUCCAUUUGUUCGUAAUGUACAAUCAUAGUUUCAGUCCUAUUUUCAAUCAUUUAGAAUACUGUUAUUUUUUAUUCCCCAUUUUCUGUGCCAUUCUGAAAUGUAGCAAAGUUGUUAUUUGAAAACAUGGCAACCAUUGACUAUUUAUUGUUAAAAGCCAUAAUGUUCCUAACAAUUAUUUGUCAAGAUUUGCCUUGCUUUAAGACACUAACUUGUGAACAAUUCUUGACGCGACAGGGGAUUCUAAAAUAGAGAUCGUCAAUAAAACAGCUGUAGACUCAUAUAAAGAAGAUACUACGGAAAGAUUAAGCAGAAUUUUAGUAAACCUAUAUUUUUCUAAUGAAAGGUUUUUUUUUAAGGAAUUUGUAAGGAUCUGCACAGAUCACUUGUGAACUAUUUUGAUUUAUAGUACUGUUUGAUUUAUUUAUUUUUCCUUAAAGAGGCCGUCUCAUCCAGUGUACACUGCACGCUUGUGCUUGUUUUCUCCAGAUCUUGAGCGAGCGCAUACGUUAUUCAGCCCUAUCCCCUUCGGAUAAUUUCGAUGGGCGCAAAAGGUUUGAAAGUUAUGUUGGCGCACACUGCACACACACCGAGUGUGUUAAGCAAAAUCCUUUUCUUGAAGUCUCUACAAGACGGGGACCCGGGACUGGGACCUCAAGUUCCCAGAUAACAACACAAACAUGAGCGUGCAGUGCACACUGGGUGAGACGGCCCCUUUAACCUUUUCUAUGAAUACAGACAGUAAGUCAUAACCUUUUCAAAGAAGUGAACAGCACAGGAAAGUUGAAUAAUUCAAUACUAAUGCAUGAGCUAUUAUAUAUAUUAUGCCAACAACCUCUAAGGAAGCAGUCCCUUUGCUUGAUUUUUGUUAUCAUUAUAACUAAUUUUUGUGUAAGGUUGAUAUGAUUUAUUAUUAAUCACAGCUUACAGGUGUAUUAUUAUUAUUUUCUUUUGUUACUGCUUAAAAGGUGAAUGGAAUUUCCUUGUUUUGUGGAGAUUUAAGAAAUGGCUAUUUUCAGUGUAUCUUCUGAUUUUUGUGUUCUGAUUAUUGUAAUCAGAAGCUUGAAUAAAGCAAGUAGCUUGAUUGAAGUCUGAAAUGAGGCAGGUUUCAGGGUGAGUUUUAUAGGAAUCAUGUACUUGAGUCAUGAAAUCUUCUUCACCUAACUACAAAGCUGUUGUUUGCUAUCCAUGAAAUUAAUUUUGUACUUUCUAUUGAUUAUUUGAUCACGCUCUUUGUAUUUUAUGUUCUUUUUCUUUGCUAUUGAAUUAGGGAAUCCUGCAAAGGUCAGUGUAAGUAUUUUAAAAUUUCUAAGCCAUACACCAAUGAAAUCGUUUUGACGUUAAAGAGCCCUUGUCAGCCACACCUUUGUUAUUGUUUUCAUUCAAUAUUUAAAUACAAAUUAUAUGAAGAAUUUCGAAAAGCUAUCUAGAUACACAAUGUCUUAAACUUUGUUUACCAAACAAAAAUAUCACAGUAGCUUCCUAUAUUUAGCCAAUGGAAAUGAAGGCUUUCUCCAUGCUUGGUAUUUUGCUAGGAUGACAGGAAGCUUCAGUCCCUGUCUGUGGAGAAAUUGGUCUUUUGCCUUUACGGGCUUAUUUCGCCUUUUUUGUACUGUGGUGUCAGUAUAACUAUCUCGAGUUGAAGAAGUUAGAAAUAGUACCCCUUAUUCAUUGUAAAUAAUUAUUGAAUAAACUAUUACUUCUUUCA